AUGCUGAUCAGUUUCGACAGACAUGGGUCCCGAGAUUUAUCUCGUACGUUAUCCAAUUUUGGGGAACAUGAUUUAAUACAGUCGCUUACCAGAAGAGACUCGGCAACUUUGAAUCCACAAGAGCAAAAUACUAGAGUAAUAGAAUACAAUGAGAGGCGAGGAUCUUUCAAAAUAUUUAACUUGCCAAAGAGAAUGCUAUGGUGGAUAUACUCUAUAUCUUUAGUUCUUCUCAUAAUUUUAAUGUUGGCAUUUGUUGCGGUCACCCCCAUAGAUGUUAUUGUUCGAACAUCAGGUGCAUCUUACUCAGGUAUCAAAAUGUUUAUUGUUAUUAUCGUAUGUGUUGUCUUUUUCAUCUUAUCGAUAGUUCUGUAUUUUGUGAGGAUUUUUCAUAAUCGUGUUGCUUUGGGUGAUAUACCAUCAAAAUCAGUUUACAUUCCUGGUAAAGGUGACAUGCCAAAAAGCGUAUAUAAUGCCAUAAACAAAAGGUUGAAAGAAUGUUUAGAAAUUAGGGAAAGAAUCAGCCCCUUGGAGAAUUCAAAAGUAAUAAUAAACCAUGCUGGUGUGUCACCUCCGGAAUAUGUUCAAGAAAGAAACCAUAGCCAUACUAAUGAGGGAACGUUGUUACCACCAGAUUCUAACUAUGAAGAUAUCAUACGAAGCUUAGGAGAUAAUUUCAGGCAUGGCAAGUUCUUCACCUAUCAAUUUCCUCAGACUUACUCCUUCAAGGAAAUCAUCGUUCACUUAUCUGAAUUAUAUGCAAAGAGUGGGAUGCAGCUGCGAAAACCCAUCAAUUGCCAUAGAAUUAUUGAAUUGUAUGAGAAGUUCAGAUAUGGGCCUGAUCUUAUAGAAGAAAAAGAUAUGCUAGAAUUUAUGAUAGAAUUCGAAAGACUCACUCAAUUAUUUCAAAGUCACUAUGGAGCACCAUUUACAAAUGAAGCGCAAAGCGACUUUCAAAAUCCGUAUCCAGUACUGGACAGGGACAAUUUAGCAAAGACCUUAAAUGAUCAGGAGAGGUCAUCCUGGCAGUCACAAACACCUUAUCACGGAAUUCAUUUUAGACAGCCAUUUGCUCAAUCUAAGCAACUGAGUAUUGGCAUUCCUGCUGACACUCAAUCAUCCACGUCUGUUAUAAGGCCCACAAUUUCUAAAAGGUCAUAUUCAGAGGAGUCUCCCUACUGGUACUCCUCAGGCCUGAAUGUGAUGUACAGAAAAUUGAGCUCAGCAAGUAGCUCCAAGUCAGUAAUUAGAAGUCGUCCUAGACGCAAAAGCUCUGCUGUCUCGAGUAGUUUUCCAAAUAUGGCAUACAGUGGAGAGGCAGAUCUGUUUAGAAGAAGAAACAGUGGGUAUGUUACAGAUUCAGAGAACGAAGAUGAUAGUGAUAGUAGCGAUUUCGAAAAUGAUGAUGAUGAUGAUGAUGAUGAUGAUGAUGAUAAUGAUGAUGAGGAUGAUGAUGAUGAUGAUGAAGAAGACGAGGAUUUAAAAGUAUACAGCUUUCGCCGAAUGCCAUGA